AUGGCCGACACGUAUGCCGGUUACCACAAUGGCUCGACGAUGUGGAUGUCGGCCGACUCAUCGCCUCAUGCACAGCCUGUCGAUUCUUCAUACAUCGACCCAGCCGCGCUCGGAGUGUCGCAGCACUACGGGCCCUUCCCUUCGGGCGACAGUCAGAUGAACCAGGCCAGAUCAUGGGAGAUGGGUGCCCCCGGACCGAGCGGUGGCGGGCCUGCUGUGUCGGUGUACAAUCCGUCGGCGUUCGCGAACACUGCCAUCGAUGGGACCGACGGUCACGGCAUCCGCUCCUUCUCCUCGCCACUGCGACAGCACCCUGCCCCGCACCAAGCAAGCUUCCAAGAGGCGCCGUCGGCGGACGAGGACGGGGAGGUGGUCGAUGGAGGGGAGACUGCGUCGCCUUCGGAGGAGGGCGCGUGUGCCUGCGGACGGAGGCUCCCGAGACCAAGACCAUGGACCCAGGGGAAGACGGUGGCGUUGGAGGAAUGCCAGAAGAUAGCUGACGGAGUAUAUUGGGAACUUACCAACACGCUAUUCAACAAGAUGACGAGAUGCCGCUUCACUGUGUGCGAGAUCAUUGACAAACAUCUGGAGCUGAUGGCAGAGAAGGGGAAGAGCGGCCAGACGAGCAGGGACCUUUAG